GGUAAGCCGGUAAGAACCUAUCCGGCCCAUUCGAUUUUGAGGGCGAAGAGAAUAUGAUUGGGGGCCUGCUGCUUCCGAGCGCCUCCCAUCCUCCGCCAUUUGUCCUUCCGUCCCCGACCGCCAAAUUUUCUCGCUUUGAUCUCGCCGCGCGGAAAUCGGUCGUAGUCUCGUCGGCGUCAGCCUCCGGGGGCAGCGAGCUGACCGCUCGGGAGAGGCGGCAGCUGAAGAACGAAAAGAGGGAGAGCAGGGCCGGCGGCGUCGGCUGGCGGGAGGAGGUGGAGGAGCGGCUUCUACACAAAUCCAAAAGCAAGCGGAAACCUGCCUCCUGGACUGAGGAGCUCAACCUCGACCACCUCGCCCGCCUCGGCCCCCAGUGGUGGGUGAUCCGUGUCGCUCGCGUCAAUGGGCACGAGACCGCGGACCGCCUCGCGCGCCGGCUCUCCAGGAGCUACCCCUCGUUGGAGUUCAAGGUUUAUUUUCCAGCUGUCCGACUGAAAAGGAAAAGUAAAAUUGGAUCUGAAUCUGUGAAACUCAAACCCCUUUUUCCUGGUUGUGUCUUCCUGAAUUGUAUUUUGAACAAGGAGAUCCAUGACUUCAUUAGAGAAGUUGAUGGUGUUGGUGGCUUUGUGGGAUCCAAAGUUGGAAACACCAAGCGGCAGAUAAACAAGCCGAAACCUGUUCCACAAGAAGAAAUGGAGGCUAUAUUUGAAAAAGCUAAAGAGGAGCAGGAUAAUGCUGAUAAAGAAUCGAAAGAUGAACAAGAUCUCACCGUAGACAAUGAUUCUGGAGGCAAUACAGAAUCUGCUGUGAACACUAAGCUUGGCGAGCCGAAGAAAGUCGAAGAGAACUUCGAUAAUAGUCCGGUGGGUUUAGAGGGUCCCAAAUCUCUUUCUCCUGGUGCAACUGUUCGCAUUCUGUCUGGACCUUUGUCUGAAUUCACUGGCUGCAUCAAGGAGCUGAAUCAGCAAACUGGAAAGGUUUCUGUGAACUUGCAGUUGUUUGGCACAGCCACCACUGUGGAUUUGGAGGUCGAUCAACUCGUUUUAGAAGCCUCAUGAGAUAGAAUGCUGUUCCUUUUUUAAACAUUAUACAUUACUAUUGAUCGGCAAACAUUUAUUAUAUUUUUCCAAUGCAAAUACAUAGGUGUUAAACGGAUCGGAUUGUCCGUAAUUCUGACACCGAUGGGCCCUGUCUAGUUGACCCGUAAGCUUAGGCUAAUUUAGCUUAAGCUUGCGGAUCCAAUUGAUUGAACGCACCAGUCCGGUCCGAUCCGGUUUGGAUGUUUGGUCCGGAUAAGAGGCUUGUGGAGAGCACUGCGACGCCAUUCCACCGCGUGCUCCAAGCACCCGACGAUGGCAAACGUGUGGACUACGUUAACCCAUCCACCCGGGUCGCAUAAGCACGUAUAUACGUAGCCCCGCAAGUUUCUUGCCACGCGACCCGCAAGUUUCUUACCAUCCACCUGCAGCUGCACAGAGCUAACCGAGAUGGCAUCCCUGAGCAUGGCGUUGGCCGGAUCAGCCGGCGCGAGAAUGUUCGCUGCGACGGCGGCAGCCAAAGGAGCUGGGAGCGGCGGCGCCGGGGGGGAGAAAGGGCUGUUUGACUGGAUUCUGGGAGGCCUACAGAAGGAGGACCAGCUGGUGGAGACCGACCCCAUCCUCAAGAAGGUCGCGGAGAAGGCAACCUCCACCACCGCCACCGGCUCCAGGAAAUCCUCCGGCACCACCUCCGUCGCCGUCCCCAAGAAGAAGUUCGGCGGCUUCGGAGGUCUGUUCGCUAAGAACUGAUGAUCUAUUAAUUUCCUCCCAUUUGCAAGUCUAUAUUGUCCCUCUGUGGCGCUGUUGCUGCGGGGGAGCUUCUGCUACUGCAUUCUCUUCCUCCUGCUCCUUCUAUGUUAUGUUACUUGUGAUUCCAACUCGAAAAGGUUAAUUAUCAUAUAUUUUUAA